UUAAAUUACACAGACUUAUUUUGCAGUUGUGGGUAGUCAUCUCCCAAAGACCCAUUUUGAGCCAUGAUGAACCCUGAAAACUCAGCUGUGCACAUUUUUAUUGUCACCGUUUCCAACUAAAAAGCUUCCUCUCGCUUCCUUCUGGGGAUAAAGCCAAACUAUUGCACUGGUUCGGCAGUUUGAAUCCAGUGUCCACAUGAGAAGCUACUGGAUAUUGAAGGAUUGCCUGUCCCUCACGCUUGAGCAGCAUCCCGACUCUCUCAUAUCUUUUGCAGCUCUCUUUUUUUAGCCUAUUAUUUUCUCACCUUUUUCACUUUUCUGGUUAUUGCACCCUCUCAGAUGUGACUACAGGGAAGCUCUCUGUCCAUAUCUCUUCCUGCCGUACUGCCCUCUGAUGACUUCUUUGCCCUUCUCUCAAUCUUUUCUAUCCUUUCUUCACAUCUUUCAAACCUAUAUCACUUUUUCACACCUCCUGAUAUAAAACUCCAGUGUUGUUCUCGUUCUACAUAAAUCUCAGCUUUUUUCACAUCCUCUGUUAUAGUCCAUCCUUUCUCCCUUUUACCAGGAUAAGAAACAGAUUCUUAAUACUUUGAUUUAAUUUGGGAUGCCAAAAGCCAGGUUUUGCUGAUAAAUCUUUGUUUGUUGGGGGGGACUUUUUUCUUCUCUCUGCUCCUUUUCUUUUUAUACUGACCUUAUUUAUUUUAUCGUGCAGAGGACCAUCUCCCUCCAUCUGUAGUGGUAAACAAAGGCCUGGUGCUUAAUGAAAACUCAGUGAAGAAUCUGACCACGCUGCAGCUGUCAGCCAGCGACCAGGACAGCGAGCCGGGCGAGCUCAUCUACCGCGUCACCAAACAGACGAGCCUGGGACACCUCGAGCAUGCUGCCAGUCCAGGCACUAGGAUCAGCACCUUCACGCAGGCUGACCUGGCAUCACGCAGCAUCCAGUUGCUCAGACUUUCUACAUCACUAUCAAGCCUGUGGAGGACUCCCUGCCUCUUCUUCAGGUCCCUGGCAUGAGGGUGCAGGAGGGUGUGAGGAAGACCAUCACUGAGUUUGAGCUGAAAGCCACCGAUGCAGACACAGAGGCGGAGUCCAUCGUCUUCAGCGUCAUCCAGGCUCCUCGACACGGCACCAUCGAGCGCACCAUCAGCGGCCAACACUACCGACAGAUAAGCAGCUUCACCAUGGACGACAUCGACCAGAACCGCAUCAGCUACAACCACGACGGCUCCAACUCGCUCAAAUACCGCUUCACCUUCACCGUGACUGACAGCACCAACCUGCUCUUCAUGGUGGAGGACAACGGAAAAGAGGUGUGUGUGUGUGUGUCUGUGUGUGUGGACAGUUUUAUUACAGUGGGAUGAUUGAAAUACCAGAGUGAGGGCAUGUCUGUGAGAGUGUGCGUGCUCUGACCUUUUGUGAAUUUGUGGGUGUAUUCAUGUGCUUCUGUCUUUGUGAGGACAGAAACUGGGCGCUUUUGCAAAGGGCGGGCACCUCCGGAAACAGAGAGUGAAAAUAUUUUUGCAAAGGACAUGUUUGGAAGGACAGGAUAUUUCUGUAGCGAAGUUUUGCCUUUUCCCGUCCUCCUGUAAGCUUUGAUGUUUUUGCUUUUCCUGCUUCAAAUAUUCAUAAAAAAUUAGGAUAAUUUUCCUUUUUUGUGUCAUAGUGAAUACUAAUAAACCAUAUACUACAUGUGCAUUUUAAAAACUCACAUCAAUUGACUGACGGUGUAUGAUAUUAAAAGGAAAUGAAGGCUACUUUUUGAUAAGGUGUGCAGCAAAUGCUUAUCUUAUCAGCUUAGUGUGGGAUCACCGCAGUCAUGGUUGGGAUAUACUGUGUACAGCAAAUAUAUCCCAACUAUAUCCCAACAAAUCAAACAAAGCCACUUUAAUGUGUCGCAUGCUCAAUUUGAAGCUUGUAAACAUCAUUUUCUUAAUGAUAAUACAUUCCCAGUAACUGAAAUAACCCUUAGCCUGAGAGACGGAGGCAAUAUGUAUAAAUAAAACAGAUGAGAUUUCUAGUACAAACUGUAAACAUCAUCCCGACUGUGAGCAUUUGCUCCCAUAUUCUGCCAAAUGCUUGUACUCAAUCUAAAAAUAUGAUUGAGAUAUUACUAUUCUGGAUAUUAAUGCAUAAUUUAGUACUGUUUUCAUCUCUGUGGUGUUUAUGCUGAGCUUCCUGAAGGUCAUUUGGCCAAUUUUGAAGCAGCUCUCAUCUAAGUGUUUCCUUUCCACAACCUUCUGUGGAAGGUGUAAAUGAGCAGAAACCCAGAGCCAAUAAUAACUUUCACGUUCAUUUCCAGGCUAUUUUAUUUCUCCAAGUACUGUGAAUUGUGAACAAAAGUUAGCUUUCAAAAGUUUCAACACACUGUAUGUCGUGUUUUGUGAUCCACUGCUUCUUCCUAGUGAUGCUACGUACAAUGAUUAGAUUUAUAACACUGCUGCAUCAACCCCAAAAUGAUGUGUUUGCAUUUAUAGAGGUUUGAAACAACAGAAAUAGAUUAAAACAGACAGAUAAAAAGUGACACAUAAAACAAACAUUGUUAAUUUCUAAUUUAGUUUCAUUCAUUUCAUCAUUAACUUGCACUCGCACUACUACACUGCCAUUUUAGGUUCAGGCCAUUAGGUGGCACAGUGCACUUGUGGCAGGAUAGUGCUACCAUGUAAGGAAGCUAGGAGACUGGCAUGCUUGCUGGUAUCCAGUUAGGGAAGCAACACAUUAAUAAGAGAAUUCUGAGUAAAACCAAAGUUAGUUUCUAGUAACUAGUUACUAGAAAGGAACAAGUAACUUUUGAUAGAAAUAACUACUAAUGUAACUAAGUUACU